AAAGAAAGUUGCGGCUCAAAGUUCAGAUGUCGGUGUGGGACUAGAUCAAAAAAGGGAAGGCGCCGUCUGUAAAUUCAGUGGAUGACCUCUCUCCAGUAGCUGCCAGCGAACGACUGGGGCACAAGUUGACGCGUCCAAGACGUUCUGUACGCGCCGUCUGGACACCUGAUCGCUCUUGCCUGUGGCGUUGUCCAUAAGACUGACUCUCGACCGCCCACAAACCUCCGCCCUCCGGUUCGUCUACCACCUCGAAUCGCGACCAUGUCGAAAGUCACAUUCGCAAUCAUUGCAGCUGGCGGUGCAGCAGCCGGCGCAGCAGCAACAGCCGCCUUCUACUCGACCAAGAAAGACAGUCUGCCAUCCACGCCCGUCACGACGACGACGACAACCACCAUCACCGGCCCGUCACGACCAGCCCCAAUCCCCACCGUCCCCUCCACCCCCGCGCCUGCCGCCGCCUACCGCACACCCCUCGUCGACCCCAACGGACUCUUCCAGUACGGCUUCCCCGGCCCCGUUAACGACCUCCGGCCAGCCGCCUCGCUCACAUCCUCGUACGACCGCGAGCGGCGCAACCCAGCCUGGGUAGCCGAACAUAUCACCCCCCAGUCGCUAGCCGCCAACAACGCAGACCGCAAGCACAGCGUGUUCGUCGAAGACACGGCAAUCCCCGAGAAGUUCCGCGCAAAGCUCAAAGAUUACUUUCGCUCGGGCUACGACCGCGGCCAUCAGGUGCCCGCCGCGGACGCGAAAUGGAGCCAGGAGGCCAUGGACGAUACGUUUGCGCUAAGCAACAUGUGUCCGCAGGUCGGCGACGGCUUCAAUCGGGACUACUGGGCGCACUUUGAGGAUUUCUGUCGCAGGCUGACGCAUACGUAUCCCAGUGUGCGGAUUGUGACGGGUCCGUUGUAUUUGCCUAAGCGCGACGCUGAUGGCAAGUGGCGCGUGAGCUACGAGAUGAUUGGGACGCCGCCUAACGUCGCGGUGCCGACACAUUUUUACAAAGUCAUCUUCGCUGAGGACGGGAGUGUCGGGGGGAAAGUAGCGCUCGGUGCGUUCGUGCUGCCGAAUGCGCGCAUCGACAACAAGAAGCCGUUGACGGAUUUCGAGGUCCCUGUUGAGGCGGUCGAGAGGGCGAGUGGGCUGGAGUUUGCGACCAAGUUGGAUCCGGCGCGGAGGAAGAGGUUGUGUCAAGAGGUCAGCUGUUCGGUGAUUAUCAAGGAGUACGUGCAGAGGCAGAAGACGUUUGCUAAGCCUGCGUAGGCGUCAACAGGAGACGAAGCGGUUUUUUGGUGCAGCAUGUGCAUAGCGGUGUGUGAUUGGUUGAUUGGUUUCAGCGUCCUGUGUGA